AUGCCUCCCAAGAAGCAGCAGAAUGAGCCCAAGAAGAAGAAGGCCACGGUCGAGGAUAAGACCUUUGGCAUGAAGAACAAAAAGGGUGGCUCGGCCAAGAAACAGAUUGCUCAGCUACAGGCCCAAGCGGCAUCCAACAAGAACGCCGAUGCAAAGAAGAAGGAAGCCGAGAAGGCCCGCAGAGAGGCCGAGAAGAAGGCCGCCGAGCAGGCCAAGAAGGAGGCCUUGGAGCUGUUCAAGCCCGUGCAGGUUCAGAAGGUUCCCUUCGGUGUGGAUCCGAAGACUGUGCUUUGCGUUUUCUACAAGCAGGGUAACUGUGAGAAGGGUCGCAAGUGCAAGUUCAGUCACGACGCGAGUGUUGAGCGCAAGGCGGCCAAGAAGGAUCUCUACACCGAUUCCCGAGACAAGAAGGAUACGAUUGACGACUGGGAUGAGGAGAAGCUGCGCAAGGUCAUCCUCAGCAAGCACGGUAACCCGCGCACGACUACGGAUAAGGUCUGCAAGUACUUCAUCGAGGCUGUCGAGAACCAGAAGUACGGUUGGUUCUGGACUUGUCCUAAUGGAGGUGACAAGUGCAUGUACAAGCACAGUUUGCCCCCUGGAUUCGUUCUGAAGACGAAGGAACAGAAGGCCGCCGAGAAGGCUCUCAUGGACAAGUCGCCACUGAACACCUUGACCCUCGAAGACUGGCUGGAAAGUGAGCGACACAAGCUGACCGGCAACCUGACACCCGUAACGCCCGAGACCUUCGCCAAGUGGAAGAAGGAGCGUCUUGACAAGAAGGCUGCCGAAGAGCAGGCCCGCAAGGCCAAGGAAACCACUGGACGGACACUGUUCGAGGAGGGCAACUGGCGUGCUGACGACGAGAGCAGUGACGAGGAAGAGGACGAUGGCGCGUGGAACCUGGAAGCUUUGCGGCGCGAGACGGAGAGGAUCCGCGAGAGGAAGGAAGAGGAACGCCUGGCAGCGCUGCAUGGCACACCAGUGCCGGUUUCGAACGACGAGACGAUUGCACAGGAAGGAGCUGGCUGA